CUGGUUAAACCCGCCAUUGUGCCUCCAAAAUGCCGAAAAACUGUGUUGUUUUUGGUUGUGCUAACCACAACUGGAAACAGGGAAAACAGAGGUUGUAUUUUGUUCUGCCAAAGCGUGAUAAAAGCCCACAGAGACGAGACAAAUGGCUCGCAGCUUUACACCGGGAAAACGAGGACGGUUCUCACUGGAGUCCCCCAAAGUCCCGGGUCGUGUGUUCGGAUCACUUCGUUUCUGACAUUUAUAAUUACCUCGUCGAUUCACCAUCUCCGUACACUGGAAAGGACCUUAAGGCAUACAAGAGUCUGGAUGCCUACAAGUAUUUUACAGCAGGUUUGGUGCAUGAUGGGCUGAUAUGGCAGAUUCCAAACAAGAAUGGAUUUAUUCUCAUGACCAAGGUAAAACACUCUCAACGGAUGAAUGAUCCUCCCCUCAGACCUUGGGUAGCAAUAGCGAAAGAUGGUCAGAUCCUGUGCUGCCACUGUACCUGCAUGGCUGGAUUGGGUGAAACAUGUUCACAUUCAGCAGCAUCCCUGUUCGCCCUGGAGACAUUAAUACGUAUGAAGACAGCCACUCCAUGCACAUCACUAUCUUGUCAGUGGCUGAAACCAUCAGCAUCGCACAUAGAAUAUGCUGAAGGAUGCAAUAUCGAUUUUGCCCGUCCAGCCCAGAAACGAAAGUCUGAAGUUUCAACUCCUGAGGAAAGUGCUGCGAGAAAACUGCUGAAUGUUCCUCCACCAACUGAAGAGCAGAAAGUUGCCUUUUACAAGGCUUUGUCUGAAUGCGGUGGAAGACCAGCAAUUUUGAGCAUUGUCCCUGACUAUGCUGACAACUUUGUGCCAAGGGCAGUGAAGCGAGAGCUUCCUGUACCUCUCUCACAGCUGUACGAUUCUGGCAAUAUAAAACUCAGCCCAGAUGAACUUGCACUGAAAUGCCGGUCAGAGCUGGAAAAGUUACAUUCCAUUACCAGAGAGCAGAUAUCUGCAGUUGAAGAAGAGUCCAAGGGCCAAGCAACAUCAACAACUUGGUUUCAACAAAGAGCUGGGCGAAUUACGGCCUCGAAUUUUAAGGCAACGACCAGGACCAAUGUCUCAAAGCCAUCCAAGUCAUUGAUCGAGAGAAUCUGCUAUCCUGAACUGUGUAGAUUUUCAACAGCCGCAACUAGAUGGAGUUGCGAUCACGAGUCGGAGGCAAGGAAGCGGUACGAAAUGAUAAUGACCCAGCGGCACACUGGCCUAAACGUUGACGAAACCGGAUUCCACAUGUCUGCCGACCGUCCAUAUUUUGGCGCAUCACCGGAUGGGCUACUCUCGUGUGACUGCUGUGGCAAAGGGUGCCUCGAAAUUGAGUGUCCCUUCUGCAUCAAAGAUAAAGGAGUGGAAGAGGUUGCUGGUGAGUCCAAGGCGUUCUGUUUGGAGCAGAAAUCGAACGGCAAUUACGUGCUACGUGAAGACCACCAGUAUUAUUACCAAGUACAAUCACAACUGUAUUGUACUGGCAGGAAGUACUGUGACUUUGUCGUAUGGAAGGAGAAUCUACUCUUUAUUCAGCGCAUCAUUCCUGAUGAUUCCUUCCUGGCAAACGAACUGGCCAGGAUGGACAAUUUCUAUCUCCGUUGUAUUAUGCCAGAGCUAUUAGCUAAAGUGUACACGGUAGAACAAUCUGUUGCUACCACUGCAUCCGCUUCGGAAGAGUUUGUUUGCUACUGCCGUAACCCUCCCACUGAGGAUAUGUUGGUUUGUAAAUCCGAGAACUGCAGCAUCAUAGCAUUCCACAUGAAAUGUCUUGGCAUAAAACGAGUCCCACAACGAUGGUUUUGCCCUAACUGUAAGAAGUUGGAAGUAAUACAGAAAAAGUUGUUUCUGUAAGAUUCUUUCCUGGUAUUUAUUACAGAAAAAUAUGGAUGCAACAUCAUUACUCAAAUGGUACAAUGGUCGGAUAAAUUUGUAAGUGCGCAAGACACUUGUACAAUUUUAUCUACCGUAAUUUCCGGACUAUAAGCCGCACCUGACUAUAAGCCGCACCAGCUAAAUUUAGGGGAAAAUAAAGAUUGCUCCACAUAUAAGCCGCACCCGACUAUAAGCCGAGGGUUUUGAUGUGUAAUUACUGUGGUAUAUAGGGGUUCCUGCUACCACGGAGGGGAUUGUCGGGACAGAGAUGACUGUUUGGGAACGCAAAGCGUCCCAUUUAUUAACUAUAAAUCUUUCAAUCAUUCAAUCAAACGUUCACAUCUUUGACAUGGCGAACAGCAUUCGUGCAGAGUACAAAUAAUACAACGGUGCAAAGUAAUACAAAGUGCUCGCAUGUACGUUAUCAAAAUAACCAGCCUACCGGUAUAUGAAAAGUCAGUCUUUAAUCAUUGUGUCAUCGUCUUCCUCCUGCGUACUAAAACCACCGAAAUCCUCUUCGUCUGUGUCGGAGAAGAACAGGCCGUAAAUAAGCCGCACCCUUGUAUAAGCCGCAGGGACCAGAACGAGGGGAAAAAGUAGCGGCUUAUAGUCCGGAAAUUACGGUAAUGUUGUGAAACCACUGUCAUCAGAUGACAAUAAAGAGAUGGGUAUGAUAUUUUCCAUCAUGGUAUACUUUUGUCUUGCAAAUCCAAUAACUCUCUCUACAUGGAUACGGACAGCAACUAAUCCUCUGGUGCCCUCAACAUCUAGUGCAGUGGUCCCCAACCUUUUUGUAGCUGCGGACCGGUCAACGCUUG